UACGGCAUCAGUCAUUACCAAAACGUGGUACACUAGUUAAUUUAACAAAUCAUGUAACCCAUAGAAGUUUAAUUAAUGAUAAAAAAUCAAAUCAUAAUUCUAUACAUAAAAAAUCUUUAAUAUAUCAAACAUUAUAUGAAGAAGUUGACAUGACCAAUGAUAUAUCAAAUCAUAACGGUGAUAAUGAACGUACAAUAAACGACUCUAAGGUUCAAAUUAUACUACCACCUGGUAAAUGGAGAAGAAGUUUAUGUGCAUGGAAAAAAAAUUCAAUAUCAUUAUCAGGUAAAGGAAAUUCUAAUGAAAGAGAAAAGAUCGAAUUGAAGGAGCAUCAAUUUCAAAUGAGCAAAAAUGUGGAAAUUUUAAAUAAAAAAAACAAUAAUUCAAAAGUUUUAGCUCAAAAUCAAACUUUAUCAUUAGAUGCAUCCAAAUCGAUUAACUUAACGACAGAAAUUAAUGAAACAACAUUAAGAAAUUCGUCUAUCCCCUCAGUUGAAGAACCUCGCUUUUCAAAGCCACACAGAGCUGUUCCAGUUGGCUAA